AUGGCGAGAGGUGGAUUCUAUGCUGUACAGAACGGUCGUUCAAACGGUGUCUUCAACAAUUGGGAUGACUGCAAAUCGCAAGUAAGCGGAUACUCUGGUGCUGUUUAUAAGAAGUUUGACACAUUUGCUGAAGCGCAGGCUUACUCUGGUGGUGGAUCCAGCAGUUCAGGUUACGGAUCGAGAAGCACUUCAUACCGUAAUUACGGUGAACCACAACGUAGGGCCGCUUCUAACUUUGCCUUCAAGACUUCAGAAACGAAGGUGAGUAAACCACCAUAUAGUGGCCAGAAUAGGUUCAAUACAGACUCCAGUUCCAGAAACGCCAGAGCGGAUUAUAGCGACUAUGGCCGAAGGGCUGUCCCAAGUUCAUCAGUCAGUAGUGUAUCAAGCAGAAGCAGCGGGGCUCGUUCAGGCUCAAAAAAUUACUACGCCGUGAAAAGCUCGAGCCCUCAGGUUAAAGAUGCCGUUUUCGCAAGCUGGGACGAGUGCAAAAGGUACGUAUCCGGAAACGGAGGAUUGUCCUUUAAGAAGUUCGGUAGCGCGAACGACGCCCAGGAUUUCAUCAAAGGUGUCAGCUCAAACGAUUACAAGCUCAUCGGAAUGGAAGAAAGCAGUUUUAUUGAGCAUUACAGAAGAAAAAGUCCUCAAAAUGAAAGUGUCCAGCGUCGAAAUGUUUACUGCGAUGGCUCUGCUCUCGGUAACGGAAGUUUUGGAUCUCGCGCCGGUUACGGGGUCUAUUUCGAGGGUGACUCCACUAAAAACAUCUCUGAGCCCUUAAAUCAAGGUGCCUCCACCAACAACAGAGCUGAAAUCCAGGCUGUUUCCUCCGCGCUUGACGAAAUUUGGGCAGAUUUGUCCAAGCGGAAUUCUGCUGUCAAUUACCAGAUCAAAACAGACUCCGAAUAUGUUUCGAAACUGCUUAACGAUCGUUAUAUGGGCUACAAUUCCGAAAAGAUUAAUAGUUUACCUAACAGAGACUUGAUCGAACCACUCAUUGAAAAAUAUGCAAAAGUUAAGACGUUCUACCAGGUUAAUCAGGACACCUUUGGUGACGUGCCUUUCAAGAUCGAUUGGGUGAAGGGCCACGCUGGAGAGGCCGGAAACGAAAUUGCAGAUGAGCUGGCUAGAAACGGUGCCAGUCGCGCUUAG